GCGGCGGGUAUCAGCAUAGGGACUACAACGCCCACAAUCGGUCUUCCACGGCGCAUGCGCGGAGCGGGUAACAGGAGCUGUCCGCGUCUGUAGUGCUGCUCUGAUUUCGUUGAACGCGUUUGAGUGGGUUUAUGGACGCGAUGGAAGAAGAACUGAAAUGCCCGGUUUGCGGUUCUCUCUUUAAGGAGCCAAUUAUUUUACCGUGCUCUCAUAAUGUCUGCCUGGCGUGUGCCCGGAAUAUCAUCGUGCAGACCCCGGAGGGAGAGACCCCACCGCAGAACCGAUGCUCCUCGGACUAUGACUAUCUGGAUAUGGACAAGAUGAGCAUGUACAGCGAGACGGACAGCGGCUACGGCUCAUACACGCCGUGCCUGAAAUCUCCCAACGGAGUGCGCGUGUUCCCGCCGGUGCACCGCCACUGCUCCAUCACCUGCCCGCUGUGCCAUUGCAGCGUGUCCCUGGAGGAGCGCGGGCUCCGCGGCUUCCAGCGCAACCGGCUGCUGGAGGCGAUCGUGUCCCGCUACCAGCAGAGCCGCGCCGCCACCGUCAAAUGCCAGCUGUGCGACCGCAACCCGGUGGACGCCACGGUGAUGUGCGAGCAGUGCGAUGUGUUCUACUGCGCUCCGUGCCAGCAGCGCUGCCACCCCUCCCGCGGACCGCUGGCCAAACACCGGCUGCUGCCGCCCACUCCAGCGCAGGCGGGGACCGCGUCCGCGCGCAGACAGGUGACCUGCGUGGACCACGAGGCGGAGAACUACAGCAUGUACUGCGUCAGCUGCCAGACCCCCGUGUGCUACCAGUGUCUGGAGGAGGGCAAACACGGCAAGCACGACGUGAAGCCCCUGGCCGCCAUGUGGAAACAACACAAGUGUCAGCUGUCCCAGGCAUUGAAUGGAGUGUCUGACAAAGCCAAGGAGGCCAAGGAGUUCCUGAUGCAGUUGAAGAACCUGCUUCAGCAGAUACAGGAGAACGGCGUUGAGUUUGAGGCAUGUCUGGUUGCUCAGUGUGACGCUCUGAUUGAAGCGCUCACUCGGCAGAGGGCCAAACUGCUCACCAAGGUCACAAAGGAGAAAGAGAGUAAGCUGAAGACUGUAAAGGAUCAGAUAACUCACUGCACCAUGAAGCUCCGACAGACCACAGGAAUGAUGGAAUUCUGUCUGGAGGUUAUUAAAGAGAACGAUCCCAGUGGAUUCUUACAGAUCUCAGAUGCGUUGAUAAAGCGUGUCCUGGCGUCUCAGGAACAGUGGGUAAGAAGUGCAUUGGAGCCAAAGGUCUGCCCAGAAUUUGCUUUGACCGUCAACACAGAUCCUCUGAUGCAGUCGAUUCUCCAGCUGGACUUCUCCCAGAAUAAAGAUGGUCAGGAGGCUGCUUUAUUGAAACAAAUGCAUGCAGGUGACCAGAAAGAGGAGGAGAGCACAGGAGCGGAGACCUCCACAGUGCCUCCUGCACCGCUGUUGCAGUUGGAAAAAUGCUGCAUGCGGAACAACAGUGCCACUCUGGCCUGGAGGAUAACUACUGUCCAAGCCCUGCCUGUAGAGGGUUAUGUGCUGGAGCUGGAUGACGGGAAUAGUGGGCCUUACCGGGAAGUCUAUGUUGGGAAAGAGACCAUCUGUACAGUGGACGGCCUUCAUUUCAAUAGUUCAUACAACGCUCGAGUCAAAGCGUACAACUCUGCUGGCGUGGGAGCGUACAGCAAAGUUGUUGUUUUGAAAACGUCUGAUGUGGCAUGGUUCACCUUUGACUCUACAUCAGCUCACAGAGACAUUGUCCUAUCUAAUGAAAACCAGACUGUGACUUGUAACAGUUAUGAUGAUCGUGUGGUACUUGGAACGGCUGCCUUCUCCAAGGGCGAGCAUUACUGGGAACUUAGUGUGGAUCGCUAUGACAACCACCCUGACCCCGCAUUCGGUGUGGCCCGGAUUAAUACUAUGAAGGACAUGAUGCUAGGGAAGGACGAUAAGGCCUGGGCCAUGUAUGUGGACAACAAUCGCUCCUGGUUCAUGCACAACAACUCCCACACCAACAGGGCUGAGGGUGGCAUCACAAAGGGUUCGACUGUGGGGAUUCUGUUAGACCUGACAAAACAUACCCUGACCUUCUUCAUCAACAAACAGCAGCAUGGACCCGUGGCUUUCGAGAACCUGGAGGGUGUGUUCAUGCCCGCAGUUAGCCUCAACCGCAACGUCCAGGUGACUCUAAUCACAGGUCUGGAAGUCCCUAAGAGCAACAAGUGAACAUCGUGGACCAAUAAGAACGAGCCAGACCUUUCUUGUUAGACAAAUCAGUGCUCUACUCUGCUCUUAUACUGCACUGACAUAUAAUGCUAAUAUUAAUAAUACCCCCCCCCCAUGGUCAUAUGGGUGAUUUGCAUUGCAGUGUUUACAAAUCAUUCCCAUGUUUACAGAAAAGCAAAUCGCGAUGUCCCCACAGGGGACAAAACUGGAGUCUGACCAAAAGCACUUUGAAGUAGAGUAAUGCCUCUUUUUCAUACCUCCAACGAAAGAUAGCAGUUUCAAAAACAUAUUUGGAUUAAAACCAAUUUAUCAGCCAUUUGUUAGCAAUGGAACAGAGUGAUCAAACGCAACUGAUAGUGAUCCAACAACUGUGAGACACAAAUCUCAGGUUUACUCACCUUUAAUGUGCUUCAGAAGCCCUCAGAAAUAUCAUCACUCAGACCAUGAAUCUGGGGUGCUGGGAUUGAAAAAGUCCCGGUCAAGCCAAAAGCCCUGCGUCAGAUAUUGGUGAAGUUUACAGUCUCUUCAGUUCAUAGUUCCACAAGUAAAAUUGUAAAUCUUAUGGCUAAUAUCACACUUCUGCUGAAUAAGCUGCAAAAUUUGAGGAAAAAACAACAACAAUGAUUGUAGCACAAACAUUGCCGGAUGAGUUACAUGCUGAAGUGUAAUACUUCAUGUAUGCACAAUUCUUUUAGCAAACAGCACUAAAACACACAGGAAAAAGCUCCAGGUUUACAGAAAUUAUAUAAUACCUGCCACUGGAGACAGACUGUGCCCUCACCGCCAAGUAGACUCAGCCUUGGUGCUU